AUGGCUGUUGCUUCCUCUCGAGCCUGGCAUGUUCACCAAUUGGACAUCAAUAAUGCGUUCUUGCAUGGGAAUUUGGAUGAGGAAGUCUACAUGAUUCUUCCACCAAGUUUUCAAGGAGAGAAGCCAGGUCAGAUGGGAAAUAGCAAGAAUCCAAAGCUGCAGGCUUCUCUAGUCUGCUCUUUCCUUUGCAUUUUGUUGUUGUUAAUACACAACAGCGACACUGCAAAUGCACAAGAUCAGCCGGGACAGAUUGGGUUUGGGUAUCAGGUCAUCUCGUCGGCGGUGGAUGCCUCCGGCAAGACGUUGACUGCCCAGCUUCAGGUCAUCCAGAACUCAUCUGUUUAUGGACCUGACAUUGUCAAUCUCAGCCUUGUUGCUAGCAUUGAGACAGCAGGUCGGCUGAGAGUGAAGAUCACAGAUGCAGAUAAUCAGAGAUGGGAAAUCCCAGAUGAUAUCAUUCCCCGCACAACAAUUGCAAAUUCUUCCUCCAUAUCCCUAGCCCAGGUUGCAGAGGGAGGGAAUAAUCAGUCUUCCAUCUCAGACCCAAACUCCGACCUGGUUUUCACCCUUUACAACACCAUUCCUUUCGGCUUCUCCGUCCAACGCAAGUCCUCAAACGACACCCUUUUCGACGCCUCACCGGUGGCGGGUUCCAAUGAAACCUUCUUGAUCUUUAAGGAUCAGUAUCUGCAGCUUUCAUCGUCACUGCCACCCAACACUUCGUCUCUGUAUGGGCUGGGAGAGCACACGAAGACCACAUUCAAGUUGCUGUACCCCCAAACGCUCACCAUGUGGGCUGCUGAUAUUCCCAGCUCUAAUCGCGACAUGAAUCUCUAUGGCUCCCACCCUUUUUACAUGGACGUGAGAUCCCUCCCUCAACCCGGGGUCACCCAUGGGGUCUUGCUGCUCAACAGCAAUGGCAUGGAUGUUGUGUAUAAUGGCGAUAGGAUUACCUAUAAGACCAUUGGUGGCAUUCUUGACCUGUAUUUCUUUGCCGGCCCUACGCCUGAGUUGGUGAUGGAGCAGUAUACAGAACUCAUUGGCCGCCCUGCUCCUAUGCCUUACUGGUCCUUUGGGUUUCACCAGUCCCGCUAUGGUUAUGCGAAUAUUACCGACGUUGAAGGAGUGGUUGCUGGCUAUGCAAACGCCUCAAUACCCCUUGACGUUAUGUGGACUGAUAUUGAUUACAUGGAUGCUUAUAGGGCUUUCACUUUUAAUCCUGUUAAUUUUCCCGCGGAUAGGAUGAAGACAUUCGUUGACAAUCUUCAUCAGAAUGCUCAGAGAUAUGUGCUCAUUCUUGAUCCAGGGAUUGGCAUUAACGAUACAUAUGCCAGCUUCACCAGAGGCAUGGCAGCUGAUAUCUUCAUCAAGCGAGAUGGCGUUCCAUACCAGGGACAAGUCUGGCCUGGAAAUGUAUACUUCCCUGACUUUAUAAACCCAGCAGCCACUGCCUAUUGGAUCAAUGAAAUCAAGCUUUUCUGGGAUGUUGCUCAAUUCGACGGUCUUUGGGUGGACAUGAAUGAGAUUGCUAACUUCAUGACAUCUCCUUCCAAUGACUCCACCCUCGACAAUCCUCCCUACAAGAUCAACAACUCUGGAAACCAGAGGGCAAUCAAUGAGAGAACUGUCCCUGCAACUGCCAUUCAUUUUGGCAAUAUUCCCGAGUAUAAUGUUCACAACCUCUACGGAUUCCUGAAUGCCAGAGCCACCAACUUAGGCUUGAUCAAUGCUACUGGUAAAAGGCCAUUCGUGCUGGGUCGAUCUACCUUCGUGGGUGCUGGCAAGUACACUGCCCACUGGAGUGGUGACAAUGCUGCGAGUUGGGAUGAUUUGGGGUUCAGUAUUCCGGCCAUCUUGAAUUUUGGACUGUUUGGGAUUCCCAUGGGUGGAGUUGACAUUUGUGGCUUUUUUAGAAGUACAACAGAAGAGCUUUGCCAGCGCUGGAUCCAGGUAGGGGCAUUCUAUCCCUUUGCAAGAAACCAUGGUGACAAGUCCAGCAAUCGCCAUGAACUUUAUCUCUGGGAAUCUGUUGCUGCAUCAGCUAGGCAAGUGCUCGGGCUGCGCUAUCGUCUCCUCCCAUACUUCUACACAUUGAUGUACGAAGCACACACCCGGGGUGUCCCCAUUGCAAGGCCGCUCUUCUUCUCAUUCCCAGAGGACAUCAACACAUAUGAGGUUUACACCCAGUUUCUCCUGGGACAGGGGGUGCUCAUUUCACCAGCUCUCACUGAAGGUGCGGUUUCAGUGGAGGCCUAUUUCCCAGCUGGAACCUGGUAUGAUCUCUUCAACUACACCAACUCCACCGUGGCAGAAACGGGGAAGAAUUUCACUCUGGACGCCCCUCGUGAAAAGAUAAACGUGCAUCUCCGGGAAGGCAACAUUCUGGCACUGCAGGGAGCGGCAUUGACAACACAGGCAGCCCGCAACACUUCGUUCGAGCUGCUGGUGGCUCUUGGCAGCUCAGGUAACAGCUCUGGUGAGGUUUUCUUGGACGAUGGAGAGCAAAUCGAGAUGGGCGGUGCAGGAGGGGGGUGGAGCUUAGUGCGUUUCCAAACCAGUGGAGUGGGAGCCAAUGUAACUCUCACAUCAGAGGUCACAAAUCCAGAUUUUGCAGGAAACAGCACUUGGAUCAUAGAGAAAGUUACUGUUCUUGGUAUUAAUAGCAGCACCAACUCAUCUGGUGUUCUGGAGAUCCCUGGCCUGAAUCUACCAAUUGGAAUAAGUUUUACGUUGCCACUCACACCCCAAUAG